AAAUCUGGACCGCUGAAUUUGGUUAAUGACUCCAGAGAGUAAGAUCAGAUUUGUUCACAAAGAGAUGGGCAUAAUACCAAGCUGGGGUGGCACCACUCGGCUAGUUGAAAUAAUCGGAAGUAGACAAGCUCUCAAAGUGUUGAGUGGGGCCCUUAAACUGGAUUCAAAAAACGCUCUAAACAUAGGAAUGGUUGAAGAGGUCUUGCAGUCUUCAGAUGAAGCUAAAUCUCUAGAAGAGGCACAAGAAUGGCUAAGGCAAUUUAUCCAAGGGCCACCAGAAGUAAUUAGAGCUUUGAAGAAAUCUGUUUCUUCAGGCAGAGAGCUAUAUUUGGAGGAAGCAUUACAGAAUGAAAGAGAUCUUUUAGGAACAGUUUGGGGUGGACCUGCAACUUUAGAGGCUAUUGCUAAGAAAGGAAAAUUUAAUAAAUAACUUGUUUUUCGUGUGGAUGUAUUCCAAGUAAAGCUCCAGUAACUAAUAUGUAAUAAAUAAUAAAUAUGAAUAUCAGAAUUACUUUGAAGGCUACUAUUAAUAUGCAGACAUCUUUUGAAUAUUGAACUCAUUCACCUUAUUUCUUACCAGUUACUCACUUGGAUAUUUACUGUGUGAUCUGGAACAUUUAGUUAAAAUAUACACUUUUGGCUUAAAACUUAUUGCUGUCAAUUUCAAUAAUAAUUCUUAGCCUAUAACCAAAGAGCAGUGUUUAAAAGGAAAAGCUUCUAUACAAAACCUAUUCCUGGUGUUACUUUUCAUAAAAUUUUUGUUGUCUUACCUGGAAAUAAUUUACCAAAAUAAUUGAAUGAGUGUUGCUGUUAAAGAACAAAAGUGGAAAGGAUCAGGGAACAAGAAAAUAAGAAAGGACAUGAUCAAUUAUUUUCUUCUGCUCCAAACAGCUGGAAUAAAAUUCAAAAGACGUACCUCACUACCCA